GAAAACGGAAGCAGUUCCUUUUAUAGCGGCAAUGAAAGAACAGCGUGCUGCUUCCAAAUAGCAAAAUAUAAGUGUACAAAAGUAGGAACAAAUCAUAAGGUGCCGAGUAAGCAUAAUUCACUUUUAGGAGGAGACUAUUAGGACCACAUUGGGAAGAUGUCUUUGGUUUGUGCGAUCUGCAACGAGGUCCCGGAGCACCCGUGCAUCUCCCCGGUGUCCAAUCAUGUGUUCGAGCGGAGGCUGAUCGAGAAGUACAUCGCGGAGAACGGGACGGACCCGAUGAACGGACAGCCGCUGUCCGAAGAGCAGCUGGUGGACAUUAAAGUGACACAUCCUAUUAGACCAAAGGCUCCGUCCGCUACAAGCAUCCCUGCCAUUCUCAAGUCUCUUCAAGAUGAGUGGGAUGCUGUCAUGCUUCAUAGCUUCACCUUGCGGCAGCAGCUCCAGACAACUCGCCAAGAACUCUCACACGCCCUUUAUCAACAUGAUGCCGCCUGCAGAGUCAUCGCUCGACUCAACAAGGAGGUCACUGCUGCCAGAGAAGCUCUUGCAACACUUAAACCUCAAGCUGGACUGGUGACCCCUCAAGCAAUCCCCACAUCUCAGCAAGCUGCAGCAGGUGCUGGUGGAGAGCCUAUGGAGAUCAGUGAACAGGUGGGAAUGACUCCAGAGAUCAUUCAGAAGCUCCAAGACAAGGCUACUAUCCUCACCACAGAGAGAAAAAGGAGAGGAAAAACUGUUCCAGAGGAGCUGGUCAGAGCUGAGGAUCUCAGCAAAUAUCGCCAAGUGGCCUCACACGCUGGUCUUCAUAGUGCCAGUGUUCCUGGCAUUCUGGCUCUGGAUGUGUGUCCCUCAGACACCAACAAAGUGCUCACAGGUGGAGCUGAUAAGAACGUGGUGGUGUUUGACAAGAGCGAGGAGCAGAUUGUGGUGACUCUUAAAGGUCAUACCAAAAAGGUCACCUCUGUCAUUUUCCAUCCGUCUCAGUCGAUGGUCUUCUCUGCCUCUCCUGACGCCACCAUCCGUGUGUGGUCUGUUACUGGUGGCAACUGCGUACAGGUGGUGCGUGCCCACGAGGCAGGUGUCACUGGACUCUCUCUGCACGCCACUGGAGACUACCUGCUCAGCUCCUCUGAGGAUCAGUACUGGGCCUUCUCUGACAUCCAAACUGGUAGAGUUCUCACCAAAGUUACUGAUGAGAGUGCUGGCUGUGCGCUCACGUGCGCGCAGUUCCACCCUGAUGGUCUCAUUUUUGGCACUGGCACGGCCGACUCCCAGAUUAAAAUUUGGGAUCUGAAAGAGCGCACCAACGUGGCUAACUUCCCCGGCCACUCUGGACCCGUCACCUCCAUUGCUUUCUCUGAGAACGGAUACUACCUGGCCACAGGUGCUCAGGAUAGCUCUGUGAAACUGUGGGAUCUGAGGAAACUGAAGAACUUCAAGACCAUCACUCUGGACAACAACUAUGAGGUGAAGUCCCUUGUGUUUGAUCAGAGUGGUACCUACCUGGCUGUCGGAGGGUCUGACAUUCGUGUGUACAUCUGCAAGCAAUGGUCUGAGGUUCUCAACUUUACAGACCAUACAGGAUUGGUGACUGGAGUGGCCUUCGGAGAAAAUGCUAAGUUCCUGACCUCUGCAGGAAUGGACAGAAGUCUCCGAUUUUACAGUUUGUAGAAGAGCAGGAAUUCAACGGUGAAAGUAGGAGGCUGGAUCGGUCUGUUUGAGCAAUCGCUUUCCUGUGUGAUUUUAGAAAACAAACAAAAUCAUUUACUGUUUUUGUUGUGUUGGUCAUUACCAGGAAAGAGAUCACAUAAAAACAUCUGCAUUUUUUUUUAACCUCAGCAGUAUGGUAAGUGUAACAUUUAUUGGCUUUGUGAGUUUAAAAUCUAAAUGAUGUGGAAGUGAAAACAAAAGCCAGUAUAAAAUUCCUGUCCUGUUGCCAGCAGUUUCAAUUUGUAGUUUUAUUUUUGUUUUUAUUUUUUUUUAUUGUGUGUGGGGGAGCUUCAGUUUCUUGUGAUAUAUCUGCAGUGUAUUCUGUUAAAAAACUUCUACAAUGAUGAUCUACUUUGCUUCUUAAUGUAGACCAGCUUCAUGACUGUUGUUUCUAGGUUCAAAAGAGGGAAAACAUUUAGUGAUCUACAAUAACGUAAAAGAUGAACGGGUGUAGUAGAUGCAUUUGCUUCUGGUGGAAAAAACUU